GCUGCUACUGUCCUCCUGCCGCCGCCGCUCGACCUCCGGCAGCUGCAUCCGCGGCCGGGCGGGGUCCCCGCCCCGCGCCCCGCCAUGGUGUCCUGGAUCAUCUCUCGCCUGGUGGUGCUCAUCUUCGGCACCCUGUACCCAGCUUAUUCUUCCUACAAAGCCGUGAAGACAAAAAACGUGAAGGAAUAUGUGAAAUGGAUGAUGUACUGGAUCGUCUUUGCCUUCUUCACCACAGCGGAGACACUCACAGAUAUCGUGCUCUCCUGGUUCCCCUUCUACUUUGAGCUCAAGAUUGCCUUUGUGAUAUGGCUGCUGUCCCCCUAUACCAAGGGCUCCAGUGUGCUCUACCGCAAGUUCGUGCACCCGACACUGUCCAACAAGGAGAAGGAGAUCGACGAGUACAUCACACAGGCUCGAGACAAGAGCUAUGAGACCAUGAUGAGGGUGGGCAAGAGGGGCCUGAACCUGGCUGCCAACGCCGCCGUCACAGCUGCUGCCAAGGGCCAGGGGGUGCUGUCAGAGAAGCUCCGAAGCUUCAGCAUGCAAGACCUGACCCUGAUCCGGGAUGAGGACUCACUGCCCCUGCGCGGGCCGGACGGCCGCCUCCGACCGGGCCCCGGCAGCCUCCUGGACACCAUUGAGGACCUAGGAGAUGACCCUGCCCUGAGUUUAAGGUCUGGCACGAACCAGGCAGAUUCCCGGACAGAGCCCUCUGAGGAUGAUGUGGGAGACAAGGCCCCAAAGAGGGUCAAAUCCGUCAAAAAAGUGCCCAAAGCUGAGCCACUGGCUUCCAAGACACUGAAGACCCGGCCCAAGAAGAAGACCUCUGCGGGGGGCGACUCGGCUUGAGGUCCCGGCGCCCCACAGGCUGCAGAGCCCCUGCUCCGCACUGUGCCCGUAGCCCAUGUGUCUCAGGCCCCAGGGCCCCUCGGAUGGCUGUUUCUGGUGCCCGCCCAGUGGCCACUUGUCUGGAAGGGCUUGGAAAAGAGGAGGGAAGCCCUGCUGGGGGGUUAGAAGGUAGAGGCUGGACCAGGAGCUGGAGACGAAGCCGCCCAAGGAGGUGGGGGCUCCUCAGAGCCUGAACUGCCAUUCUCCCCUCCCCAGCCCUGUUAGCCCACCCAGUGCCUUGCUGAAGACCAUGGCCAUCUGCGUCUCUGAGGUCCUAACGCGCACCUGCUGCUGUCCCUGGGUUGGGGGCGGGGGGCAGUCAAGCCCCGGUGAACCCGAGAGGGGCUGGAAGGCACCUGGGG